UUGCUUUCUUGGUAUGCUGGCUCUUGCCUGUGUACUCUCUUGGUCUUAGGUAGGAGAGGAAGACCUUUGCCUGCAGAUUCAAGGCCUUCCGUGCAACAACUGGCCACAGCAGCACUAGCUCCUCUGAGGAUCAUGGAGGAACAACAACGAUUUCAUCAUAAAGAAAAAGAGCAAGAGACCACAAUGCAAGCUCACGAAUUGUUUAGGCAUCUGCGAAUGCCGGAACUUGGUGACGUCAGACAGUAUGUGCGCACUCUUCCGACAAACACACUGAUGGGAUUUGGUGCUUUUGCAGCUCUCACAACGUACUGGUACGCCACAAGACCUAAAGCUCUGAAACCACCAUGUGAUUUAGCAAUGCAGUCUGUAGAGGUAGAGGGCGGUGAACAUGUACGGAGAUCUUCAUUACUUGACAGUGAUGAGCCAAUAUUAUACUACUAUGAUGAUGUGAGAACAGUCUAUGAUAUCUUCCAAAGAGGAAUACACGUGUCAAACAAUGGUCCAUGUUUGGGUGUAAGGAAACCAAAUCAGCCAUAUGAAUGGAUCUCCUACAAGGAGGCUGCAGACAGAGCAGAAUGUGUUGGUUCAGCACUUCUCAACAGAGGCUUCAAACCAUCUGCUGAUCAGUUCGUAGGAAUAUUCGCACAGAACAGACCUGAGUGGGUGAUCAUUGAACAAGGAUGCUACACUUACUCACUAGUGGCUGUACCCCUCUAUGACACCCUUGGAACUGAGGCAAUCACUUAUAUUGUAAACAAAGCUGACAUCACAUUGGUUUUUUGUGACAAGCCUGAAAAGGCAAAGCUUCUGUUGGAAAGCACAGAGAAGGGAGAAAUGUCAGUCCUCAAAACGAUUGUGAUCAUGGAUCCCUUUGACAGUGAUCUUGUGGCCCGUGGAAAGAAAUGUGGAGUGGAUGUUGUCAGCAUGAAAGAAAUUGAGGCACUGGGAAGAGCCCAGAGGCACAAGCCUGUACUUCCAAAACCAGAAGAUCUAGCCAUAGUUUGUUUCACCAGUGGAACUACAGGAAACCCUAAAGGAGCAAUGUUAACUCACCAAAAUAUUGUGAGCAAUAUGUCGGCAUUUGUGAAAGUUACAGAGAAAGCAGUUUUUCCUUGUACAGAAGAUACCUUAAUCUCCUUCUUGCCUCUGGCUCAUAUGUUUGAGAGAAUUGUAGAGUGUGUGAUUCUCUGCCACGGAGCUCGGAUAGGAUUUUUCCAGGGAGACAUCAGGCUACUUAUGGAUGACUUAAAAACUUUGCAGCCUACAGUGUUCCCAGUUGUGCCAAGGCUGUUGAACAGAAUGUUUGAUAAAAUCUUUGGACAAGCAAAUACUUCAUUUAAGCGGUGGAUAUUGGAUUUUGCUUCUAAGAGAAAAGAAGCUGAACUUAGAAGUGGCAUCAUUAGAAAUAAUAGCCUGUGGGAUAAAAUGAUUUUUCGCAAAAUACAGGCAAAUCUGGGAGGAAAAGUAAGGCUAAUGAUUACAGGAGCAGCUCCUGUUUCCGCAAAUGUUCUGACCUUCUUAAGAGCCGCUCUUGGCUGUCAGUUCUAUGAAGGCUAUGGACAGACAGAAUGCACAGCUGGAUGUUCCCUAACAAUACCUGGUGACUGGACUGCUGGUCACGUUGGUGCCCCGAUGCCUUGCAAUCUCAUAAAACUUGUUGAUGUAGAAGAAAUGAAUUAUUUUGCUGCCAAAGGAGAGGGAGAGGUUUGCGUAAAAGGGCCAAAUGUGUUCAAGGGUUAUCUGAAGGAUCCACAAAAGACUGCAGAAGUUCUUGAUGAAGAUGGAUGGGUGCACACUGGAGAUGUUGGGAAAUGGUUGCCGAAUGGAACUCUGAAGAUAAUUGACAGGAAAAAACAUAUAUUCAAACUUGCACAGGGAGAAUAUAUAGCACCAGAAAAAAUAGAGAAUGUUUAUAUGAGGAGUGAACCUGUUGCCCAGAUAUUUGUCCACGGUGAAAGUUUGCAGGCUUUCCUAAUAGGAAUUGUGGUACCAGAUCCAGAAAUGUUGGCCAGCUGGGCCAAGAAAAAGGGAUUGGGAGGUUCCUAUGAAGAACUAUGCAAAAACAAAGACAUCAAAAAAAUUAUUCUGGAAGACUUGUUGAAAGUUGGAAAAGAGUUUGGCUUGAAGUCAUUUGAACAGGUCAAAGGCAUUACCCUUCACCCUGAAAUGUUCUCGAUUGAGAAUGGCCUGUUAACACCAACAUUAAAGGCAAAGAGACCUGAGCUACGCAAGUAUUUCAGGUCUGAGAUAGAAGAACUCUAUGCUAAUAUCCAGAUGUAACUGAGGAAAAACUGUUGGAGAGAAUGGCACUUGCUGUUGACCUUCAUAUCUAUAAAUUGACUACAGCAAACAUAGGGAAGGAAACGGUGCAAUCAUUAACUUGUACACAAAAGGGUACUUGACAUAGGAAUUCUGAAGAAAAAUGGAACACUGCCUUACUGUCCACUUGUGUUGCAGACCAUUUUUAUGGUGACAUACAACUUCCUCAAUGCGCCUUAAACUGUAAAUGGUAUCUAUGUGAUUUGUAAGUUAUUUAAGACUUCUUCAGCCAAAAAUGUGACUCUUCAUGGCAUGUAAAGGGAUAUGUGUUGCUAGCACAUUUACUGUCUUUAUUAUAUUGUACAGCUGGUGAUUUUUCCAAAAGAUUUGGCAUAUGGAGGCUUUUCAGUGCAUCACAGCAGAAGAACAUGUUAAGAGUGCCCCUCAUUCGUGUUGGAUCUAAAACUUGCCACCUUGUUUCCCCACUGACUGCUUGGAAACUUUUACUUAAUGUAUGGGUCUCAAUUCCCCCAGCUGCAAAAUUGCAACCAGAACCAUUGGAUGUUAUGUCUUUAGGAAUUAGUUGGCCAUCUCAUUCUUCUGCCAUAGAAGUCUAGAUGAAAAUACCAAUGCAACACAAGGUGUCCACUUCAUGAGCUCCAGAGACGAAUGGGCCAUAGCAGCAUUAUGCUUUAGAAUGCAAAGGGAUGUUGAUGGAAUUUCCAUACUGGCACUAAUGGUCAUGCUCAAUCCUUGUUACAGCAGAGCAGGCUUAACCCUGAUUAUUUUAACUUGCUGGUCUUUGUAUAAAAUAAGCUUCUGCCUUUCAUCCACUGGACGAGUACUGAAGGAGUAAAAGUGAGUAUCUUUAUUGAAAUGGGUAGGAUCAGAGAGUGAAAAUCUUGGUAUUGACCAAGUAUAUGAAAGAGCCAGCAGAAUGGAAAGGGGUAUAGAUUAAAAUUGGACACAUUUUCACUGAGGGUGGGGAGGGAAACUUCCAGUUACCAUGUAUCUACAUUCCCCCCCCCUUUUUAUUAUUUUGGGGUGGGGGUGGAAUUUGAAAUGCCUUGUAGUAACCCAUGCUUGAGUUUGUUUUCCAUAUAGCAGUCAUUAAUUCCUGUUACAUAUAUGUAAACAAGCACAACAAAGUUUGCACUAAAAGAUUGUGUGAUUGUAAUGCACUACCCAGAUGUAUAAUUUCAUACAUGUGUACCCUAAUUGCACACCAGUAUCCAAGCCAAUACUCCUAGAGUAUUAAGUCAUUUGUUACAUUGGAGUUAAACUGUUUGCUUAGUGUUGGCUAUUUCUAUAUUUUAUAAACCAAAUUUCCAAAAACCAAUGAAGGAAACCAAAAUAAAUAUUUCUGCAUUUAA